CAGCUCAUAAAGUCACCAGAGACCUCUGCUCUGUCAGAACAGCACAGCCAUGAGCCAGCCGAGCUCCCCGUCCUCCAGACCCGCACUCACAGUCCACCUGUUCCCCUAACACACAUCACAACACCAUGAAGAGGCAAAAUGCCAGGACCCUCGCCCUCAUUAUCUGCACCUUCACCUAUCUGAUCGUCGGCGCCGCGAUCUUCGACGCGCUGGAAUCUCGAAUGGAGACGACUCAGAGUUUGGAGCUUCACCAGAGGAAAGCGGGGCUGCUCAAGACGUUCAACUUGUCCACGGAGGACUUCGACGAACUGGAGAAGGUGGUACUGCAGCGGAAACCGCACAAAGCCGGAGUGCAGUGGAAAUUUGCUGGCUCCUUUUACUUCGCCAUCACUGUAAUUACGACUAUAGGAUAUGGCCAUGCAGCCCCCAGCACAGAUGGAGGAAAGGUGUUUUGUAUGCUCUAUGCCCUCCUGGGUAUCCCACUUACUCUGGUUAUGUUUCAGAGUGUGGGUGAGCGGAUCAACACUUUUGUUAGGUACCUGCUCCAUCGUCUCAAGAAGUGCCUUGGAAUGAGACACACUGAGGUCUCCAUGGCAAACAUGGUGAUCAUUGGUUUCAUAUCCUGCAUGAGCACACUAUGUGUGGGGGCCCUGGCCUUCUCCCAUUUUGAGGGAUGGAGCUUCUUUCAUGCCUACUACUACUGCUUCAUCACACUCACCACGAUUGGCUUUGGGGACUAUGUGGCACUGCAGAAUAAGCAUGCUCUUCAAACCAAGCCGGAAUAUGUGGCCUUCAGCUUCAUCUACAUCCUGACGGGUCUGGCUGUGAUUGGAGCCUUCCUUAACUUAGCAGUGCUGCGCUUCAUGACCAUGAACACUGAGGACGAAAAGAGGGAUGCUGAGCAUAGGGCUCUUCUCGCACAUAACGGUCUGGCAGGCGGACAUAUCAACUGCUCGGUAGACAUGGCGUCCUCCUCCUCCACCACACCAUCUGGGUGUGGAGGAGGGAGUGCAGUUGGAGGGAGUGGGGGAGGAGCAGCAAGCCGGGGUCUGCAAAAUGUUUAUGCUGAGGUACUUCACUUUCAGUCCAUGUGCUCCUGUCUUUGGUACAAGAGUAGAGAGAAGCUAGAAUAUUCCAUACCCAUGAUCAUCCCUCAUGAGCUCUCCACCUCAGACACAGAGGCUUUUUCUAACCCCUUCCAAUCUAAUGGUUGUGUAUGCAGUCAGCAGCACCACUCAGGCAUCAGCUCAGUGUCCACUGGCUUACACAGCUUCAGCACCUACAGAAGACUCAACAAACGCAGAAGCUCCAUCUAGAAACCAGGACUUCAUGUUUUAAUGUCAAGUCCCACUUUUGUGUACCAUUAAGUGAGGGAGGGCGUUCCUUUUGUGGCAUGUAAUUGGCUGUGGACAUCAAGGCAACACACCUCCAGUCCUAAAGAAAUGCACUACUCAUGACGUUUGCUGUGUUCAGGUACUGAAGAACCUCACACUGCAGCCUCCAGUCUCCAGUAAUAUUUAAUUUCAGUUAGCUAAGCACAACCCACUUAAGCCCCAGUAUUGUUGCUGAAGUCUUUGAGAAACAACGCUAAUGGUUGUCCAAGAAGCAUUCAUUACACCAAAUCUGAAACUGUAACUGUUCGAAGAUGGGGAAACACACACUUCUCAUCACCUUUGAAUAUUGAAUAUUUUAUUAUUUAGCUCAAUAUUUUCUCUCUUUAUGAAACACAAUUUUAUGUGCUAGGAUGAUAAGGGAUAAAUUACACUGUGAGAUAUGUUUUUAAGAACAAUAGAGAUGUAUUAACUGUGUAUAAUGCCCUGCUAUGAAAUAUUUUUCAUAUACACUUUUUCGAAAUGUGAAUCUUUGGUUUUAAGUUCUGUUACUUCGGUGAAAUUAAAAUGUGUACAUAUUUGUGCAUUUACACACGUGGACAAAAUUGUUGGUACCCCUCAGUUAAAGAAGGAAAAACCCACAAUUCUCACUGAAAUCACUUGAAACUCACAAAAGUAACAAUAGAUAAAAAUUUAUUGAAAAUUAAAUAAUCAAAAACAGCCAUUACUUUUGAAUUGUUGAUUAACAUAAUUAUUUUAAAAAACAAACUAAUGAAACAGGCCUGGACAAAAAUGAUGGUACCUCUAUAAAAGAUUGAAAACUAUUUGACCAGAGUGACAUGAUUAACUCAGGUGUGUCAUUUAAUUGACAUCACAGGUGUUUCCAAACUCAUAAUCAGUCAGUCUGCCUAUUUAAAGGGAGACAAGUAGUCCCCCUGCUGUUUGGUGAAAAGGUGUGUACCACACUGAACAUGGACAACAGAAAGCGAAGGAGAGAAUUGUCCCAGGACAUCCGAAAAAAAAUUAUAGACAAACAUCUUAAAGGUAAAGGCUAUAAGACCAUCUCUAAACAGCUUGAAGUUCCUGUGACAACAGUGGCUCAUAUUAUUCAGAAGUUCAAGACCC